CGGCGACUGAUACCUUUCUUGAUUUGGGUAGGGGGAAGAAAAGGUUGCUGUUGUUUUAAAACAAAGAUGUCGGCGGCGGCGGCUGCUGCCCACCGUCCGUCGGUUUCGCUGGCGGAGUUAAGAUGGCGGGCGGCCUGGUGCGCUGCCUCCGGGGUGCGCCGUUAGAGCGGGACUGAGAGGUGGUGUUUCCCCUCCCCCGGGAAACAGGAUGGUGACCGUGUCGCGGAGGCGGCCUUCCUAGAUGAUCGUAGCAGCCUGGACCGUCUUCCACGCCACUCGGAGCCUGGUCAGAGGGUUACUGCUUUCCCCGGAGUCGCCCGGCGUUGCCGCCGCCGUUGCCGCCACCGCCACCGCCAGCCGAAUGGGCAACAGCUGCGUGUGCCGGGACGGUAGCGACGCCGAGGAGAACCCGGGCCGCCCGGGCGAGCUCGGAGCGGCCGAGCGCCGGGGGCACCCGCCCCCCCUCUUGUCGUCGUCGUCGUCCUCCUCCUCGCAUCAUCACCGCCACCACCCUCAGCACCACAGCAACAACGCUGAGGGCGAGCCCAGGAGCCGCUCCCGGGACCCGGUCAGGCCGCCCAGGAGGGGACGGGGUCCCCACGAACCUCGGAGGAAGAAGCAGAAUGUGGACGGCCUGGUGCUGGAUACCCUGGCUGUCAUUCGUACGCUGGUGGACAAUGACCAAGAGCCGCCGUAUUCAAUGAUCACCUUGCAUGAAAUGGCAGAAACAGAUGAAGGUUGGCUCGAAGUAGUACAGUCCCUGAUUAGAGUUAUUCCUCUAGAAGAUCCUUUAGGACCAGCUGUCAUUACUUUACUGCUGGAUGAAUGCCCGCUGCCAACCAAAGAUGCAUUACAGAAAUUGUCAGAAAUGUUGAAUUUAAGUGCAUCUCUAGCUAAGCAAGAUGCUUGCAAUCCGGCUAAACACCGUAAUACUACUGCAGUACUGGGAUGCCUGGCUGAAAAACUGGCAGGUCCUGCCAGCAUAGGUCUUCUCAGUCCGGGAACCUUGGAAUAUUUACUGGAAAGUUUGAGUGUGCAGUCUCACCCCACAGUCAUGCUUUUCUCCCUCAUAGCCCUGGAAAAGUUUGCACAAACAAGUGAAAAUAAAUUAACAGUCUCUGAGUCAUGUAUUAGUGACCAGCUACUUAUGUUGGAGUCUUGGGUAAAUCACACCGAUUACCUCAAACGGCAGGUUGGCUUCUGUGCGCAGUGGAGCCUGGAUAAUUUAUUUUUGAAACCGAAAAGGCAGUUCACUUAUGAAAAAGUAAAUCUCAGUCACGUUAACGCUAUGUUGAACAGCAACGAUGUUAGUGAAUACCUCAAAAUUUCGCCAGAUGGUCUGGAGGCUCGAUGUGAUGCGUCCUCUUUUGAGAGUGUGCGGUGUACGUUUUGUGUAGAUUCUGGAGUAUGGUACUAUGAAGUAACAGUAAUUACUUCUGGUGUAAUGCAGAUUGGUUGGGCGACCAAGGAUAGUAAAUUUCUUAAUCAUGAGGGUUAUGGGAUUGGAGAUGAUGAAUACUCAUGUGCAUAUGAUGGCUGCCGGCAGCUGAUUUGGUAUAAUGCCAGAAGUGAACCACACAUCCACCCUUGCUGGAAAGAAGGGGACACAAUAGGAUUUCUCUUAGACUUGAAUAAGAAGGCAAUGAUUUUCUAUCUCAACGGAAACCAGCUACCCCCAGAGAAGCAAGUCUUUUCAUCAGCCACAUCUGGCUUCUUUGCUGCUGCUAGUUUCAUGUCUUACCAACAGUGUGAGUUUAAUUUUGGAGCAAAAUCAUUUAAGUAUCCACCAACAGUUAAAUUCAGCACGUUUAAUGAAUAUGCCUCCCUCUCACCAGAAGAAAAGAUCAUUCUUCCAAGGCAUAGACGUCUAGCUUUAUUGAAACAAGUAAGCAUACGGGAAAACUGCUGCACCCUUUGCUGUGAUGAGAUAGCUGAUACAGAACUCCGACCAUGUGGACAUAGUGAUCUAUGCAUGGAAUGUGCCUUGCAGCUGGACACCUGUCCCUUGUGUCGUCAAGAAAUAAAGACCCGGGUCAGGCUGAUUUCACAUGUUUCCUGAACUCUUUCUUCUAAGACCCGUUCUGAUCAACAUCAAUACAAAGUGCUAAAACAAUGAACCUCCAGCUGGGACACGUACCAUCCAAAAUGCAAUGUGCGUGGAUGCUCAAAUCAGUCCAUUAGCCAAAAAGGGCUAACUUGAUAAAUUCCAAUGAAGCAAGUUUUGGCCACUUUCAAAGCAGCUCCCAGACUACAUAGACCUAUAGCACACAUUUGGCUGCAUUUUAGCACUAAAUUGAUGAUCUCAUUGAUGCCAUAUUUUGGCCGUUGUGGGGAAAAUGUAAAAUUAUUGCAGAAGAUUACGCUUAAGAGUGUGGUUUGAGGUACAGUGGUGAAGGUGAAGCACGGUAUUGGGGCAGUGUAGAGAAACCUCACUCUUCAACUAAACAUUAAAACUUCUGACCUGCGAGUGCUUAAUAUGGAUAUGGAGUACCUGAAAUAGGGGAAGUGUUCUACUUAGUACUCGAUAUCCUUCACCUUCAAGAGCACAACAUAUCUGAAGUUUCAAAGAAGACAAUUUCAGCUUUCUUCAAGAAUAAAGAUACCUAUUUACUUUGUUUUGUGUCCUCUGACUAAAAGAACGUGGUGCUUAUUUGGCAAUCUGGUUCAUUGUCCAAUUCAUCAAUAGCUCUGAAGGGCUAUGAAAGGUUCCAAGGAUAUAUGCAACAGCAGCAAAUCAAGAAAAAUAUUCAUGAAUAAUGAAAUGUUAUCUUUGCAUUAUUUCCUAUAUGCACAAAUGUUUACUUUUGUAGCCAGUGUUCCACAAGGUACAAAUGUGUCCAGUGUAGCAGUAUCAGUUUUUGCUGGAAAAAUUUCAUGGCAGAUGAAUGACUCAAAACGGCAAGAUUUGCCAAAUUACUUGUUUAAAAUUUGAGACCUUAUGAAUCCAAAGAACAGUUUUUUAAAAUGACAUCUAUGGUAGUCAAAACUUUUUGUUGAUCAUAAAAACAUUUGUAAACUAUCCACAGCGCUAACCCUUCUGGAUAGUGAAAAUUAUAAAUUAUUUAUUUAAUGAAACUGUGUUCUACUGAUGCAAGAAGUUUUUUCAUUCAUGUUUUAACAUUAAUGAUUGGAUUUGCCAAGUUUUGUAAUGCAACUGAUUUGGGCUUUCUCACCACGACUGUUGUCAUCUUCUCUGUCUCCCCUCAAUUUUAUUAGACCAGAAUUUGUUAGAGCAUUGAAUUAUGAAACUGUCCGUUUUCAAAGCACUGUAAAUGAAAGGAUUCUUAAAUGUGGAAACAAAGGGAGAUAGCAACUUUGCCUCAUUCAAUUUCUUUUGCCAGUUUGAGGAACAAUCGUUGAAUAAUUGGGCUUGAAAAUGGAGUAUUGUCAUUUUUUGAACUAGUUUGAAAUGCCAUGGGUUUACUUGGGACAAUUCAAACUUGGUUGUUCUUAAUCAUUAUUGUACUACACCUGAAAUACACUCAAGAUCUCACUACAUUCCUAUUUACCACUGUACAGAAAUCAGAAGAUCGCACUCUUGUCUGGUAUUGAGCACCAGAGCAACUGGUGUUUUCAGAAAAAAAUUGCAUAAUAAAAUUUGAAUAUGAA